UUGGGAUUAAAUCCAAGAGCCUCCGUCUUUCACUUCUAAUUAGUUGCAAUGCAUACUAGUACAAACUACAGGUACCAGCGUUCAGCAUCUAGAUUAACAAUCGGUGCACACUUGUUUGGCAUCUUAGCCCUCAUACUCUUGCUUGUUUGGUUGUUGCAUUAUCGCGGGGGUCUCGAUUAUGAUUCUGGCAAUUCACAGAAAGUUUUCAAUGUUCAUCCGUUUCUUAUGUUCUUCGGAUUCAUUUUCCUUGCUGGUGAAGCAAUGAUGGCAUACAAGACUGUAAUGGCGGAACACAAGGUGCAGAAAUACGUUCACGGCUUCUUCCACCUCGUAGCUCUUUGUUCCGGCAUAUUGGGGAUAUGUGCUGUUUUCAAGUUCCACGAUAUGGAAAAUCUAGACGACAUGUUUAGCCUGCAUUCAUGGAUUGGCUUAACCACAAUUAUCUUGUACGGCUUGCAGUGGUUGUUUGGAUUUGCUACAUUUCUGUUUCCGAGAGCGUCAGAACAUUCGAGAGUUCAAAUUGCUCCAUGGCAUAUGAGUAUCGGCAGGGUGCUCCUGUACACGUCGAUAUGUGCCGCCCUGACCGGUUUGAUGGAGAAAUCCACAUUCCUCCGGGAACAGCUAAGUGAAAGAGAAUUACAUCUCAUCAACUUCACUGCACUCUCAAUCCUCCUCUUUGGCAUCUUCGUCGAUCUUUCAGUUGCUCUUGCACGUUACGUUUGAUUUCUAUCAUCAUGGAUCAUGGAUCAUGAAUGGCUAGCUUCAUGAAUAAUCAUGCAUACUGUUUGGUGCCAAGUGCAUGUUAUUUUCCUCAAUAUUUAGUGUGAGUAAUUAUUUGAGUGGGAUGAUU